GCAGUAAGUUAACAUUGCUCAGUUGUCUUAUAGCCAACUUACAAGUGAAAAAGUUUUUGAUUAAAAGUGAUACAAAUGGCAAGAAGUAAUUUUGAACUGGUUGAAAGUGAAGUCAGAAAGCCGUCUUGCAUAUGUUUUAGACGGUGGAAAAUUAUUUUUCUUUGCUUAGGACUUUUAGUGGUUAGCUAUUCAUUAAUAAUAGGACUUAAGUUUGGUGUUUUUGACAAGUUUGUUGGGCCAAAUUAUCGUAAUAAUGGCAAUAAUAAUUUUUCGAAAAGUGGUAUUGAUGACAAACUUAAUAAAAAUGAUAGUAAUGAAGAAAUUACUACACUCUUAACAACGCCCCCUGGUACCGUUGGUAUUGAUGAUAUCAAAAAUCCACCUACUGCAAAUCCCUCUACGAAUACGACGAAGGAGGAUCUUGCUACAAAACUAACAGCUCAAACUUCACAAAAUAUCACAACAAAUUUACCUAAUAAUACUUUGACGUCGGUAAACCCCACUCAAACUGUACUCGUUAACUCUUCUAUUAAUUCUAGUAAUUCGACAAUACCUGAUAAUGGCAAGAAAGCUACCAAACAGGAAAGUAAAGCUGCCGAAAGCACAACAGAAAGUAUCCUUACUACAAAGACUGAGAGAUCUCUCAAUAAUUCAGACGAUUCGUUUGGACAAGCUGGGUCGAAGAAUACGUCUUCUACCAAACCUACUGAAAUCUCGACAGCAGAAUUAUCUAAUUCUUCACUAACGUCUUCUCAAGACAAAACUUCAACUACAAAGGUAAACGAAAUAGAAACAACAUCAACAAAAAUAGGAGAAACAUCAAAAAAAGAAUCAACAAUAACGACACAGUCAAAUAAGAAUACUUUACCAACAUUAUCACCAUCAUCAUCAGAUGAUACAACUAUAUCUUCGACUGCAACUACUCAAAACAAUGAGGCAAUAACCUCAUCAAAUUCUGGACAAAUUAAAACAAGUUCAAAAAGUAAUAACAACUAGAAAAAAAAAUGAGAUGAAAUUAAAAUAUUUUACAUAAUUCUAGGCAAAUUAAAAAAAAAGAG